CGCAGGUAAAGUCCAGUUCUCCUACAGUCGUCCUUCUCAAGUUCUCCAGCUGCUCGUCGAUGAGACGUUUUGGUGUUUCGCGUCGGGAGGAUUUGAGGCUGUUGGACAGGAUUGUGGUUCAUGGCAAAGUAAACCGUAGAUAUUCUGUUGUCGUUGUGAGGAAUAUAUAGAAUUCUUUUAUUAACCUGUCUGAGAAAGACUAAUGAGAUUCACACAAGCCACUUUGUCUGAUCAUACUCAAAUCUGGACAUCGAGGGCGGACGUUUUCAUUUGCUCGAGCUGCAAAUUCAGUUACUCAAGAACCCUUUUUGCUGCAGUUCCACUUGUCAUUUUGAUGUGAUUUUUUUAAAAUCCAAAACUUCUUUUCUAUCUGACUGCCUUUCUGAACCAUGGGAACACCACCACCACCACCACCUCCACCCGACUGCGUUGGGGAGCCGAUAUGCUGAACACACUGUGAGGGACGCAACGAACGGUAAAAAAACCAGUGAAAGAGAACGCCAAGCCGCUUCCGGUCCAAACGUCUUCAGCCGGCACCUUCCCCGGUCGGAUGGCUCUGGAGGACGAGCUGCGCUGAUGGAAGUCCAUGCACAAUUUAGCCGCUGAAAGGGUAGGGUCUGCUGCGAGCUUGCCUCACCCUACCCCCCCUACCCCCUCGCUCCCUCUCCCCGCCAUCUCCUCCACCACGGCUUUGGAAGACCGCCAUGAGGUGCGUUGCGACGACGUCGAUUGAUGCCUGAUCGGUUCACCUCUGAGGUGUCGAGCGUAAAACCAGCGGAGCAAUGAAUGGCGGAAAGAACUGUGAGGCGGGAGACGAGCGGCGGGCCGCCCCGGUCCAGGUCCCCAUUGGCUGGCAGCGCAGGCCGGAGCGCGGCGGCGGGGUCGUGUACGUGAGUCCCAGCGGCUCGGUGCUGUCCGGCUUGGAGCAGCUGAAAGCCUACCUGCUGACAGAUGGGACCUGCAAAUGCGGCCUGGAAUGCCCCCUCAUCCUCCACAAGGUGUUCAACUUUGACCCCGGGGCAGCUGUGAAGCAGAGGACGGCGGAGGACGUGAGAGCAGACGACGACGUCACCAAACUCUGCAUUCACAAGCGGAAGCUUCUGGCUGUGGCCACGCUGCACCGGAGCAUGGGGACGCACCCGCCUCUGACAGUCACCAGUCCGGGGGGAGGUACAUCAUCUGUGGUCGUUGCGCAUUCCACAUCUCAGCGAGCAACAAGGACCAAACCCCACGACAGCCUGCCCAACGGCGUUGGCCCAGACUGCAAGAUCCCUUUCAAGAUGAUGAUGAUGGCAGCGGGACCGCAGCAGCAGCAGCAGCCGCAGCGGCAGCAGCAGCAGCGGCAGCGGUAUCCACCCCAGGAGAUGUGUGGAGCCCAGCAGCCCGAGCUCUACCCGGGCUUCCCCAGGCCACAGAGGUUGAGCAGCGGGGAGCCAGGCCCCAAAUCCCCUUACCGGGUGGGGUACGGGGGCAUGCUGAGCCCGCCUCUCUCCAGUGGUAAGCUGUACGGAGACGGCUCCCAUUCCCCCAGUGCAGACACUCUGGGCGGCGCCGAUGGCUUUCAAAGGACCAAUUCUUGUGGGUUUCCAGGAGCUGGUAGUCCGGCCUCCAUCCACGGGAACACCAGGACGCCCCUCUCUCCACCCAGUUUGAUGCUCCAUGGCUCCCCCGCGGGCCAGCCAUCUUGCGCCAUGACAGGGAGGACUAGCACGCCCCUCUCCCCCACGGCCACUGCCAAAAGCCCUGUCAUGAACAUGCCUCGGGGGAGUUUCCCCCCUGGGAUGGACAUGUCCCGUGCAGCAUUUCACCAUAAAACGCAACCCCCUGUGCACCCUGUACCACCGCCUUCAUCCAUACAGCCAUCCUGUGCCCUUCAGAAAAGGCAGUUGACCUCUGAAAAAGACCCAUUAGGUAUCCUGGACCCCAUCCCCAGCAAGCCAGUCGGCCAGCCCCCCGGCAACGCACCCAACCCCUCCAACUUCCAGCCCAAUAUCCACUCUCAGGUACAAAUGAUGAAUGUAAACAUCCCCCCUCCCGCCAUCGUUCCCCUGCCAAGCAACUUACCCUUACCCACAGUGAAGCCUGGGCCUGUGGGGCAUGGCAGCCACGUUCAAAGGACUCAACAGGGGGGUCCAGCUUCCUCCAUGUCCCCCUCCCCUGUCACUUCACCUGUCCACAUGGCGGGGCCUGUCCUUGGCAGGAUGGAGGCGUCCCCCCAUCGCUCGCGGUCGUCCUCCACCUCCUCUGAACAUGGGAACUUUGCAAUGCCCUCGGGGCACCAGGCCCCAUGUGGCAACAUGAAGGUUCCUCCUCGUUCCCCCAGGUCUGCCAUGGGAUCUCCAAGGCCUUCCAUGCCCUCCAGCCCCUCCACCAACAAGACUGACCCGCACCACCAGUACAAAGACUCCCAGAUGCUGCCCGGCAUGGGGAACUCGAUUGGCCCGCAGCUGCACAGCAACCCCAUGUACUCGCCCACCUCCUCCUCCUCCUCCUCGGCAUCUUCUUCUCUGGCCCCCCCGAGCGCUUCCUCCCAGAAGGGCCACCCGGGACUCCUGGGUGUGCCCCUCAACCAGAUUCUCAACCAACAGAAUGCCGCUUCCUUCCCGGCAAGCAGUCUCCUGUCGGCCGCAGCCAAAGCACAGCUAGCAAAUCAAAACAAACUCGGCACCAGUGGCAACAGCCCCGCGGGCAUGGGUGGUGGAGGUGGUGGUGGAGGAGGUGGAGGUAACGGAGUAGCCGGUGGACACCCUGGCUCCAUGAGCGGCCCCCGAGGCAUGGAGGGUCACGGCUCUUUAAACUCCAUGCUCCCGCCGAACUCCACCAUGCUGCUCAACGCUCCCGAGGGCCAGAGUGGGCGGGCGGCCCUCAGGGACAAGCUCAUGGCCCAGCAGAGAGACCCCAUGCGCAAACGCAAGCAGUCAUCGGGCAGCGCCGCCGCCGCCGCCAACCACGACGCCAGUAACAACGUGGUCUACAGCAUGCUCAACAAGCGAGGCAUGGGGGGGCCCCACAUGGCGGGGCCCAGCGCCACGGAGCAGCUUCGCAAAGUGGGCCGGCUCGGGAACCUGCCGCCCACCACCUCCAUGGCGCAGCUUCUCCAGUCCAUGAGCUGCCAGAGCUCCCACCGUCCAGGUCUCAGCGCGGGCCCUCAAGGACCCGCACAGAUGCACUACAGCGACGCCACCGGAGCGGCCCCCGCUGCCGGCCCGCCGCAGAACCUCCUGGUUCAGCAGAGGCCGCGGGUGCCAGGAGACGCCAUGCAGCACUGCCAGAACAUGGACGCCUCCGGGGGCCACCCGGGCUCCCGUCCAGGCCCGUUCCCUGACAUGAUGGCCCAGAUGCAGGCCUCCUCCAUGAGUAACUGCGGGCCCAUGGGGCCAGGCGGCGGACCGCUGGGUCCUGAUGGCAUGCCGCUGGGACGCCCCCACGCCAACCCCCCACCGCUGUCCCAUGCCGGCCCCCACCCGUCACAGCAGAACCUCCAUCACGGUAUGAGGCGGGCCACCGUGGUGGGGAUGCCUCACGGAGACGGAAGCUGUGCGCAGAGCGUCUCUGAAUCGGGGAACCCCCCGUCCCUCGGCUGCGGUCUGGGGGGCCUGCAGCCGCACGGCAACGCCGCCCUGGGUCAGAUGUACCAGCAGCAGGUCCACCAGAGCAUGCAGCAGGGGGUGGUGGCCUCCCACCCGGCCUACCAAGGACAGCCGCACUUCUCUGACAACCCGGCCUACACGGACAGAAGCAACGCCGGCUCCAUGGCCUGCCUCUACCAGAACUACCAGCCGGGGAUGCUGUCUCACCCACACUUCAGGGAGGAGCAGCAGCCCCAAGGCGGAGGGCUUCCCGCGGGGGCACCCGGGGGCGACAGGGGCCCGGGCGGCGGCGGCGGCGCCCCCCCCGAGUCGGUGGACGCCAUCUAUAGAGCCGUGGUGGACGCCGCCAGCAAGGGCGUGCACGUGACCAUCACCACCACAGUGAGCGGGACCACACAGGCGAGUCCGGUGCCCGCCCUCAGCGCCAUGAGUGCCUUCACCGCCUCCAUCGGGGAGCCGCUCGGCCUCCCCCAGGCGGUCAGCUCCGUGCUCCUCCGGCACCAGGAGGCCGAGGCCUUACCCCAGCAGGCCCGGCCCAGGCAGGUGAGGCCCGGGCGGGGUCACAAGCACAUGGACGCGGGGAAGAUCACCCCGGACGGCCCGGAGGCCGGCGACUACUUCCGCUCUCCCGGCCGCGGGACCCCCAGGGGGCAGUGGGAGGGCGAGACGCCGCACGGCGGGGGCUUCGACGCGCACAGCAACAGCGGCGCCUGGGGUGGCGAGGAGUUCCUGGAGUGCUCCACCCAAGUGCGGAGUAGUCCCUGCAUGGAGCGUCCCGCAAGCCUGGCCCCCGCCCCGCCCUGCCCCAACGAGGGCUCCAACGACCACGGCCUGGCCAUGGCCCACGAAAAGGCCUUCUUCGACGACGGCUAUCGCUUCAACAACUGCCACCGGACCCCCGCCAACUACAAGGAGCGCCUGGAGCAGACGGUGGAGCGCUGCGUCCACCUCAACGGCGCCACCCCCCACUUCAACGCCCGGGGCUACGGGGAGGUCCUGGGCCCCCCGCGGCAGGAGCUGACGGGGGACGACCAGUCGCCCAGCUCCUCCACCAGCCUGGAGGGACCUCUGGCCACGGCCAAGGACUACGGCCACUACAACGGCCACUUCAACGGCAUGGCGCCCAGCCCCUCGGACACCAAGAGCCUGAGCAGCGAGGAGGACAUGCGCCAACCGGACUCUCCCUCCUCGGAGCUGCUUCACUACCGGUCCAGGACCUUCAACAUGGGGGAGCUGGUCUGGGGCCAGCUCAAGGGCUUCCCGCCUUGGCCCGCCAAGCUGGCCGGGGACGAACCAGUGCACGGCGCCGCCAUGCGGCUGCGGGAGCAGGCCAAGGUGGAGCCAGAGAAGCUAAAAACACUGACUCACGACCUGGAGGCCCUCGACCGAGCCGCCAAAAGAGGCCUGAAGCCGGGGAAACUGAAUAAUCACCUGGAAGCUGCUAUCCACGAGGCCAUGAGUGAGCUGGAUAAGAUGUCGGGCACGAUCCCGUCCAGAGAUCGCCAGGUGAAGCUGCCCAAGCCCAAGAGGAGGAAGAUAUCCAGAUAACAUUGAAUGUGUCAGCCCUUCGGAGACUUGGUCCGUGCGCUUUGAGCUCUCCAACAGGUGCUACACGUGGACGUUCAGUGGUACAUGCGUGACAUCUACUUGACUUACUGACCCGCAGAAGGUGCUGGAUGUUCCAAUCACCAAUUACAGUUCAAGCUGUAGAGCCAGAAACUGAAAAAACAGAGAAAAACAUUGGUUGCGAUUUGUCUACAGCUCACUGAAUUAACUAUUUUUUUCUAGUAUAUAAGACGGUAAAACCAACAAAAAAAGCGACAAGCAUUACUUUACAUAUUUAAGAAAAAUAGACAGUCCAAAUAUUUCUGAUACAUUUUCAAUAUGUAUAUAGAUAAUCCUGAAAUUUCAUGCUAUUAAGAAAUGUAUGUAAAUAUUGUACAAUGUCAUGUACAAGCAUACCUAAUGCACAUUUUAUCUUUUAUUGUACAAAAACAAAGCAGAAGUGUACCAAUGUCUUGGUUUCUAUUCAUAGGAUCCAUCCGAACAGCCUAAAGCUUUUAUAUCAUCGACUGUAAGACGUGAUGUUGUUUUGUUACGUUUUACGUUGUAAGGGAACAGCAGGGGGGGGACUUACUUCAGGGGUUCCCUUUUGUGUUGGAAAAAGAAAAAAAAGGCAGAAAACAGAAUGAACUUUACCAGCCCAAAGUGUUGGAGGGUCCCAUCAGCAGGUCGGUCGGGGGGGGGGGGGGCUCCGUCUUUCUUUGGGUUCACCGUUGGUCACCAGCUGCUUCUUUUCUUUAUUUUUAUGAAGGAGAAAUCCACCCAUCAUGGAGUGUGUUUGUGACGCCUGAUGCUGAAACUAUUUACUGAGAUACUGAGAAACGUAAGCAUCAUUUUAUGAGUUAAUGAUUAAAUUAAUGACUAAAAACAAGCAAUGGGUUAAUGGACAAUAAUCAACAGUCAGCAUUUGCUAUUAGAGAAACUUCCCUGGCUAAUAAUAACUUAUUAGUCAUUAAGCUCAUUUCUUAGCCACUCAAAUAUUGCCUUUUUUUUUUAAAUUAACAUUAAAAUGGUGUGACCUACAUAUUCUAACUGUGUUAAAACGGAUUACCCAGAGGACCCUGAAUGCAACACAAGCUAAAGAGCCUUCGGGGGGGGAUUUCUCCUUCAAGCAUCGCCGGCUGCGUUGAUGAAUCCCGUCAUUUGGUUGUUGUGAUCAUGUUCUGGUGCUUGUUUGUACAGUGGUUUUUGUUUCCAUGACGAUAGCUUUAGGUAGAGCAACCGACCCCCAGUCUCCAUCACCCACAGGGACACUAACUCGCUUUGCAGGAGCAGUGGAAGCAUUUCUCUCAUUUAGGGGCCUUGUUAUUAUUUUGUUUUGCUUAUUAAUGUAAAUUAUUUAUGUACAGUACUCCAUAUUUAUUUUAAGCUUUACAAAUAUGCUAGAUGGCAAUAAUACUACCAAGAGUUGAGAACUCUAGCCUUAUAUGUGUAUAUGUAUGUUUGUUUUUGUUUUUGAAUAGAAGAUGUAUUCAGAGUGUCCCUCAGUUACUCCUUAUUUUACAGACCCGGUUUCUCAUCAUUUGUUCUGGAUUUCUUGGCCAAAGGAAGAAAACGUCACAACGUCUGCGUCCAAAAGACGAUACUAUUUAUGAAUAUGCACAUCUGGCACCGCUAACGUUGGUAAUAAAUGCAGUUUUGACACCAACGAAGCAAAACCAUCACUUGAUCAGUCAUGAAAGCCCAUUAUGGGAACUCUGUGUACACACACACACACACACACACCUGCUCCUCCACAUCAAAACAACCUGAUAUCACAACAGAAAUAUCAAGUGCAAUAUACGGAUGGAUGGCAAAGAUCCUCCGCUUAGAAGAUCUGCGUCUGAUUGUCUGAGACCUUCUUUGUCUCUCGCUCUCAACAUGCAUGCUCAAAAACUCAAAGUAGUAAUUUAUUUGUAGCUUUAACUUUGACGUGUACACACACACACACACACACACAGCUGUUACUCCCGGGCUACAAUGCAUCGAAUUGGAACUCUGCGAUUAAAAAUGUUUCUGGUGAUCCUUUUAAAACCCACUAGCACACUACAUUGUAAAGAAGCCCACUGAAACAUGGAAACACUUUGGAAACAUAACAGUUUUAUUCCUAAUAUCCUGAACAAAAUAUGAAUUACAAGCAAACACUUCUGAUUCAGUCGGCGUGUACUCGCGUUUAAGGACUCUAAACCACUUCUAACGAGGCCAUCUCUUUGUCGUGUGCACGCUGAAGAGUAAAAAGGUUUGUGCAGCCAGUGAGAUCAGAAAACGUUAUUUAAAGAUCAAUAUCUGACACAGUAUUUUAAUUGGUGUGAUCCGUGUUAAAAACCUUUCAGUGUGCACACCUACGUUUUUACUGUAAUCUGGAGAAGUCCCGGUAAAGUUCAUUCUGCCCCCCCCCCCCCCCCCCCUCCUCCUGUUCUUUGUGCAAUGGCGUGCAGGAAGCCGGUGUCAUGUUGGGAACCCGUGUGUUACGGAUCUGUUUUCAUGUCAUUUGUGGUCACGAGUUCGAAGCCUUUCUGUGUUUGAGACGGUGCGUGCAGUCGUUUUUUUAGUUGUGAUUGUGUGUUGAGGUGUGAGUGUGAUGGUGGUUGUUCUGCUCUCUGAAUCUCACCCCCCCCCCCCCCCCAGCCUGUCAUUGUCAGUAUUUUAUUUCGUCAACUUGUAAUGAAGUAUAUAUUUUCUCACUAAUAUAUACUUUACAAAGAAUAUACUUGCGUGAAGUAUGAGGUGCACUUGUUUGUUUUUCUUUUUGCAUUAACGUGGGAUAGUUUGUCAGAGUCCAUCCUUUUCAGAUUGUUUGGACUUUUUUUAAUGGUUUGAUGUAAACAGCAUUUUUUUGUAAAUAUUGUGACAUUACAGGUCAUGCAGUGAUGUAACAUUUGGAAUAAUGUUGCACAGAUGUUUAAGAUAUUAAAAACAUGGUCACUCUUACUUGAAUAA